AUGCAACUCUGUGGGUGGCCACGUGGCAAUGUAGAACUUCCGACAGCAGACAGUUGGACAAGAGGAUUCCGGUCAGCCUUUUCGAUAACCGGACAAGCCAAAAGUCUGGCCGGAGGUCAGCAGAGUUUUCCAGCCUCGGGAGGGGUGGCCGAUGCCACUUCGCUUCAUGUCUUGGCGCCUCUGGGCCGUCACCGACCGCGUCGAGGAGAACUGUAUAAUUUGUCGGAAGAAGAGUUGUGCUUCGAGGAAUGCCUUGAUAACGUCAGGCCGUGGAUUUGGUAUAUUCUCAGACGUUUAGCCGACAUCGUAGUCGGCCUCAUCAGUGAGUCUUGCCAUUCUCAACACCAAGCUAGAACUCGUCAAAGAGACAAGGCUGAGGAUUAUGAUAACUACUAUAGCAAAGAUGCGUCCAACUAA